ACCUGUAGGCGCUAGAGAGAGAGAGAGAGAGAGAGAGAGAGAGAGAGAGACGGCGACAAAAUCGAUCGGCCGCCUUUGGUGGCGGCGACGCGCGGCGAGAGAGCGGAGGCGGUGAAGCUGCGAGCCAGUUGAAUUGGCUUCGCUCAAGCUCAACCCGUGUGUACUGCACAGCCUCAAUCACCAUCGCAAAACAGCAUCCAAAGCGAAAGAAGCUCUCGAAAUCUCGGCGUCUGCGACAGAGGGGGAGGAGGAAGAAGAAGAAGAAGAAGAAGAAGAAGCACAAAACCGGAGAAAGAAGGAGGCGGCUCGCCGAGAUGGGGAGGCCAAAAGGAGAAGGAGCUCGAGCCAAGGCGCGCCCUUCGAGCAGCAGCCUUGCAGCUUCGCUUUUGCCGGCCGGCUCGACGGCGACGGCGGGCUUCGGAGGAUAUCUUGGAAGCUCCCGGCUCGAUUCUCCGCUUGGCGGCGGCGGCGGCGGCAGCGGCGAGGACGCUGCUUGCGGCAUAGAUGGUGAAUUGGUGCAGCACUUGAAGAGGCUUGGCAGAAAGGAUCCCACCACCAAGCUUAAAGCACUGGGAUCUUUAUCUGUCCUGCUGAAGGGGAGGUCGAAGGAGGAUAUAAUACCAGUAAUGCCACAAUGGGCAUUUGAGUACAAGAGGCUGUUGCUGGAUUACAAUAGAGAAGUUCGCCGAGCCACGCAUGAAACAAUGUCUGUUCUUGUUGUCUCUAUCGGGCGAGAUUUGGCUCCGCACUUGAAGUCUCUGAUGGGACCUUGGUGGUUCUCUCAAUUCGAUCCAGUUUUUGAGGUUUCCCAAUCUUCUAAGCGGUCAUUUCAGGCAGCCUUUCCUUCCAAGGAAAAGAGAUUAGAUGCUUUAGCUCUAUGUGCAACUGAGAUGUGUAUAUAUCUGGAAGAAAAUCUAAAGCUCACAGCACAAGGCUUGUUUGAUAAGGCAGCUGCUUUGGAUGAAAUAGAACAGAUGCAUCAACAGGUGAUUACCUCAUCCUUGCUGGCACUGGCGACACUUCUUGAUGUUUUCAUUUCAUUGCAAUCUGAAAGACUUGGUUUUGAGAAUAUAACCACUGAACCAAAGCAUGGUCCAAAAGCCAGGUCUACUGCCAUGGUUUAUGCAGAGAAGUUGUUUUCCUAUCACAAAUGUUUUCUAGACUUCCUGAAGUCUGAUAGUGCUGCCAUUCGAUCUGCUACGUAUGCAGUAUUGAGGAGUUUCAUGAAAAAUGUCCCUCAUGUUUUUAAUGAAGGAAAUUUGAAAACUCUAGCGGCCCCAAUAUUAGGUGCCUUUCAGGAAAAAGAUCCUUCAUGUCAUGCACUGAUGUGGGACGUGGUGUUGAUCUUUUCAAAAAGUUUCCCAGAUUGUUGGAAUUUUUUGAACGCUCAGAAAAUCGUACUAAAUCGGCUUUGGCAUUUCCUCCGGAGUGGAUGCUUUGGAUCUCAGCAGAUCUCUUAUCCUGCUUUAUUAGUGUUCCUAGAGACUAUGCCUCAUAAUGUAGUUCGGGGGGAACAAUUUUUCCUUGACUUGUUCCACAACCUUUGGGCCGGAAGAAAACCUUCUGUUUCCUCUAUCGAAGAUCGAACUGCAUUCUUUCGUGCAUUUAAGGAAUGCUUCCUUUGGGCAUUGCAGAUUGCAUCCAGGUAUUGUGACGAAGUGAGCUCUGUUCAUUGCCGUCAAAGUACUCUUGUUGAGAAUAUUCUUGUAAAACUUUUGUGGGAAGACUUUGUGCUUGUUUUCAGUCCAAAGGUUCAGAGUGGAAUCCUCACAGGGAUAUCUACUGAAUCACCUGAAGACCGGAGUCCUGAUGUUCGAAAAAAUAUUAUGGAAAAACCAUCUCUUAGAUAUCCUUUGUCCUAUCUCCAGGACUUAGGAAAAUGCAUUGUAGAAAUUCUUUCAGGCAUCUUUCAGAUAGAACAUGAUCUGCUUUCUGGUUUCUCUGUGGCGUUUCGUGAGAGCUUUAGGGGCAUAUGUCAGCAUUCUGAGAAUGGAGGACGCGUGGAAAGUGUAGAGCGAUUGAUUCAGUUUCUGUUGCUAAUGGAGCACCAUGCUGUAAGAAAAAGUGAAUACUGGCCCCUGGAUUACAUAGUGGGACCAACGUUAGCUGGGUCUUUUUCAUCGAUAGAAUCACUUGACUCACCAGAUGGAAUUAGAUUCCUGUCAGCUGCAAUUUCAAUUUUUGGACCAAACAAGAUGGUUAAGGUACUUCUAGUCCCAGAUAAAGGGAGUUCUUCUCUUAGUCCAUUUGAAGAGCAGAGCAGGAAAUUGGAGUCGGAGCAUUUCAUGCAUAUAUUUGAGAAACGAUUUGUUCCUUGGUGCUUGAGAGGAAGUGGCAGCUGUAGUGCUGCCCGUCUGGAUUUGUUGCUUGCAUUGUUUGACGAUGAAUGCUUAUCUGAGCAAUGGAGCCUUGUUUUGUCUCACACAAUUAAACUUCGAAGUGAUGACCCUGAACAUGCAGCUAUGCUAUGCCCACUCCUGCAGAAAGCAAGAGACAAAAUAACUAAGCGGCAGUUAGCAGAAUCCGAACUGCAUGUAAAUUCCUAUGUAGAACGUUGGCGUCAUGACCUUUUAGAUUCAUUGGCUGUUGCUGUGGCUUGUUCCUGUCCUCCCAAUAGGAUUCAAGAAGCCGAUUUUUUGUGCUCUGCUCUUGGUGGCUCCUCAAAGGAUGAUCAGAUCUCUCUUCUAUCAAGGGAUUCGUGUGUCCUGGUGUUCAAAGCGCUUCUAGAGAAGUUGGUUUAUUUUAUCCUUGGGUCCUCUUUCAAAUGGGUGAGAGAUGCAGGCUCAACAUUGGCUUCCGGAAUAGGAGAUCUCAUGAUAGAUGGGGAAAGCCAUAGCGACAAGAUUGACAUGGCCAAAUCUGCUCUUGAGGUUCUUCUGGGAAGCUUUUAUUGCUUAAUGACACUCAAUGAGGAUGAACUAGUUUCAAAUAUUUUAGCAGCAAUUUUUAUUCUUCACUGGGAAAGCCACAUGGGGGACUCAUUGUAUGAUGUGCCUGAUGAUAAAUCACUGAAUUUGAAGACCAGAUUUGAAAUUGGCAAAUCUUUGCAUUCUUUUCUUUGCAAAAUAAAUAGUCAUUUUUGUCAAGAUCUUGGCAUUCACUGUCGGGAGAAAUCAAGUACAGUCUUGGUUCAAUCUAUCAGGUUUGCCAUCUUAAAAGAACAUGAUCUUGACGCCAGUAAGGUCACAUCAUUGUGCUGUGAGUGGAUACUUGAAGUUGUUGAAUUUUUCUGUCUGGGUCAAUAUGAGGAGCAAAUUCUGCUUGAGCAGCUCCUCAAGAAGAGUGAUCAGUGGCCUGUGUGGAUCUCAGUUGACUUCGACUCUCAAUGUGGUGAAAAUGUUUUGACUGGUAGCAAUAUUUCUGGAGGUUACAAGUUUGCUUCUCUGGUUGACAAGCUUAUCUCAAAAAAAGGUGUUGAUAGAGUUUUUUGUCGCAACACUUCACAUGUUUCCUCACUGUCUGAAGAAACAGUGGAAGAGAUUACCCAUCGAGCGUGGCUUGCUGCUGAAAUGUUAUGCACCUGGGAAUGGCCUGGGGGCAGUUCCAUCACUACAUUCUUACCACUGUUGAGUGCGUAUGCUCAAAGUGAAGCACAGCCUCCUAGGGAAGGUUUACUAGAUUCCAUUUUUGACAUUUUACUAGAUGCUGCUCUGGUUCAAGGACGAAGUAGCGCACAGAGCUUUCCCAAUUUUUAUGGCACUACUGCUGAUGAAGUGAAAAACAUUAAAGAGCCCUUUGUGAGGGCUCUUUUGUCUUUGGUCGUGACCCUUUUCAAUGAUGAUGUAUGGAAGUAUGACAAAGCAAGGACCUUAUUUCAAGUGCUUAUCAAUAAGCUUCUAAUUGGUGAUACUGUCAGCAUAAACUGUCUUCGGAUUCUUCCUUUGAUAAUAAGAAUUCUUAUCCAACCAUUAUGUCGGAGCCAUAAAAAUCUCACUGAUUUAGAGUCACUAGCUUUAGAGGAUGAUGAGGUGCAGGAAACAAUUAUGGGCUGGUUACAGAGACUAUUGUCAUUCCCACCUCUGGUCACAUGGCAAAGGGACAAUGACAUGGAGGAGUGGUUCCACUUGGUUGUAUCUUGUUAUCCGAUAGGUGCAUCAGACAGAUCAAAUGUGCCAAAAUCAGAGAGGAGGAUCAGCCUCAGGGAGAAAACGCUCUUGCUUGAUUUCUUUCGAAAGCAGAGAGUCAGUAUUGACUUGUCAAAUGCUUCGAAUCAUCUGCAGAUGUUGCUGUCAAAGCUAAUAGUCUUUUCAGUUGGUUAUUGUGCCAAUGACUUCAAUGAAGAAGAUUGGGACUUCGUAUUGUCCAUGACGAGGUUUUGGAUUCAAUCAGUUGUUGUAAUGAUGGAGGACGUUGUAGAGAAUGUAAACGAUUUGAUAUCUGAUGACUCUUGUUCUGAUAAGUUAGAUCUUAGCAUCAUUAAGAAGCUAGAGCAAAUUGUUUUAAUUAGGGACCGUAGUCGGAUAGAGACAGCCAAAUCUGCACUUUUAGUAUAUUCUUCUUUCUCCAAUUUCCAACUAGCAAAAGUUGCAGAUGAUCAAGAUCCUUCAAGAACUGAGAAAUGGGAGUCCAUGAAAGAUAGAAUAACCGGGGGUAUACUUAGGAUCUUUUUAUGUGCUGGUCUUGCUGAGGCCAUUGCAAGUUUACACUCUCAUAAGGCUGCUUCUGUUGUAGCAUCUUCACUGCUUGAUAAUCUUUACUUUUGGGAGUCGGUGGCGCGUGGAGUUAAUGAAUCCUCUCCCCUUGCUAGAGAAAGAGCAGUGAGGUCAGUAGAUUUUUGGGGUCUGAGCAAAGGAUCUAUAAGUUCACUUUAUGCCAUUCUAUUCUCUCCCAAGCCAGCACCAUCGUUGCAGUUUGCUGCUUACAGAAUGCUUUCCAGUGAAACUGUUUCUCACUUGGCUAUCGGAGAAGAAACUAUGCAUACCUUGGAUGGCGAGCAGGAUUCCAGCAGCAUUGAAGAGCAAAAUGUCCAUAUGAAGGAGGAAAUAUCUUCCAUGAUUGAGAAAUCCCAUCAGAUGUUUGAGAUGGAUUUGCUGGCAGAAGAACGGGUGCACAUACUUCUUGCUUGGUCCUUGUUGCUAUCACAUAUAUGGUCUUUACCAUCUUCACCUGCAAGAGAGCGAUUGGUUCAGUAUAUACAUAAUUCUGUUGAUCCAGUUAUUAUUGACUGCCUAUUUCAGCAUAUUUUGGAUGUGGCAGUGCCAUCGAAUCAGAAAAAGAAAGACACGGAGUUUCCUGCGGUGGUAUAUGAGGCUGCAAAAGAGGCCAUCACCAGAGGUCGUUUGUUGUCUUCAGUGGAAUCUCUUUGGCCUAUUGAGCCACUGACAAUGGCAUCACUUGCUGGAGCAAUUUUUGGAAUGAUGCUUCGUCUUCUUCCUGCCUACGUGCGAGAGUGGUUUGGAUAUCUGCGUGACCGGUCAACAAUAGAAUAUUUCACAAAAACAUGGUGCAGCCCUCCCUUAAUCUCAAAUGAGUUAUCCCAGAUCAAGAAAGCCAGCUUUAUAGAUGAAAACUUUUCAAUUCGGGUAAGCAAAGCCGCAAAUGAGGUUGUUGCCACCUAUACAAAGGAAGAGACUGGAUUUGACCUAGUCAUUCGUCUUCCUGCAUCAUACCCAUUACAGCAAGUUGAUGUCGACUGUCCAAGGAGUAAGGGUAUUAGCGAAGACAAGCAGAGGAAGUGGUUAUUGUCCAUGAUGUCAUUUGUGCGCAAUCAGAAUGGAGCUUUAGCUGAAGCUAUUCGUAUAUGGAAACGGAAUAUCGACAAGAAAUUUGAAGGUAUUGAAGAAUGCCCUAUCUGCUACAGCAUUAUCCACACAGAGAACCAUAGCCUUCCAAGCAAGGCUUGCAAAGUCUGCAAACAUAAAUUCCACAGUAAAUGCAUUUUCAAGUGGUUCAAUACUUCACAAAAGUCAAAUUGCCCUCUAUGCCAAUCUACUUUCCUAUGAGGAGAUUAGAAAUGCAAUAUGGAUUUGGCAUUUAUUUGUUGGUGCCACCAUGUGGAUUGGUGAUGAUGGUCUGCCACUGUGUGGUGCAUACCCACUGGAGGUGAUCGAGUUGGGAAUUCAUAGGAUGUGCAAGCAUCGAAAUUCUCUCUUCGCAGCGGGUUGGAUAUCUUCCUAGGUAGAGUCGUGCGAUGUUUAACAUGCAAAGUUGUAGAAAAGCGCAGUUUAGCAUGGCGACAGCAAUGGAAGCUUAGAUCAGAAAGGCAGCAAAAUUGUAUCUUAAGAUGAUUUCGUGAAUGCCUUUUGUGAAUGAGAAGAGUGCCUCCCAUCUCAAGUUUUGUACCUGCUAGGUCAGUCCUCAGCUUCUUAUCAUGACCCGACUACGAACGUUAAGUAUGAGAUGCAUUUUUUGACAUUCGAAUUGUACAUAUCCGAUAUGCUCAUAGCAAGAAACUAUGUGGUCAUACAGGGGAAGCAUGAUUUUUUAGCUUUAUGAGAUUAUAAGCACAUCAUAGAGCACUCCACACUUUCUGCUACAAACAGUGAUUCAAGUGAUACCCGUUAUAUGUAGUGGUACGUGAUAUUGUUCUUUUUACCUGUGUAAUAAGAUUGUAGUUUGUUCUCGUCAAA